AUGACUCUAAGAAAACUACAAUCCAGAUACCUAGGAAUCGCCAAUGAUGACGACGACAUAGCUAUCCCUGCUGAUGCAGAAGUUGACCCUAGACUCAUAUUGCCUCCCAGGAAAGUCAGAAUGAAAGAAAAAGUAAAUGCAACAUUUGUUACCCUUGCCAGGAACGAAGAACUAUACGGCUUGUUAACUUCCAUUAACCACAUUGAAGAUCGGUUCAAUAGGAAAUUCCAUUACGACUGGGUAUUUUUCAAUGAUGUCCCAUUCUCGGAAGAAUUCAUUCAAAUGACAUCUGCAGUAGUAUCCGGAAAAGCUUUCUAUGAAGUUAUUCCUAAAGAACAUUGGUCAUUUCCUGAAUGGAUAAAUCCCGAUGAAGCAAGAGCAAGUAUAGAAAAGAUGAAAAACAAGAAUGGUAGAACCGAAUCAUACAGACAUAUGUGUAGAUUUGAAAGUGGGUUUUUCUGGCAACAGCCAAUUAUGGAUAAAUAUGAUUGGUAUUGGAGAGUAGAACCAAACAUUGAAAUAUAUUGCGAUAUCAAUUAUGAUGUUUUCAAGUAUAUGCAAGAUAAUAAUAAAGUUUACGGAUUCACAAUUGCCUUUCACGAAUUUAGAAAUACCAUUCCUACAUUAUGGAAGAGUACCCAAGAAUUCCUCGACCAUCAUCCUGAAUACAUCGCGGAGGAUAACCUUCAAGCUUUCGUAAGUGACAACAAUGGGAAGACUUAUAACACUUGUCAUUUCUGGACCAAUUUCGAAAUCGCUAGCCUUGAUUUCUGGAGAUCACAAGCAUAUCGAGAGUACUUUGAUUUCUUAGACCAUAAGGGAGGAUUCUUUUGGGAACGUUGGGGAGAUGCACCAAUCCAUUCAAUUGCAGCUAGUUUGUUCCUACAAAAAGAUAAGAUUCACUUUUUUGAAGAUAUAGGUUAUAAACAUACAGCUUAUCGGAAGUGUCCACUUGAGUUGACUUAUAGAGCAAGUCACCAUUGUGCGUGUGAUCCAGAAAGGGAUUGGACAUACAGAAGUCCCUGUGGAAAGAAAUAUUUCAAAGCUAUGGGAAUUCCACUACCUCAAGCAGCGUUAGAUUUGCUCGAGAGAGAUAAGAAGGCAAAAGAAGCCAAAAAUAAGGCCGAAAAGGAAGCCAAAGAGAAGGAAGCCAGCGAGAAGGAAGCCAGCGAGAAGGCAGAGAAGGAAGCCAAAGAGAAUGCAGAAAAGGAAGCCAAAGAGAAGGCAGAAUAG